UAGCAUUUAGCAGCGCUUAAGCUCGUCGGUGUGCUCGGUACAAGACACCAAAAUGUUGAAAGAGUUGGUGAAGGAGCGACUAAUGGUGGCAGCUGACGAAAUAUUCGCGCUGUUUGAAAGCACGAUAACGUCGUACGAGGAGGAACUUUCUCGAACGAGAGAGGAGAAGGAGCGACAUCGACAACAACUGGAAGCUGCUCGCAAAACUCAAAUUGUGCUACACGUUGAAGACGUCCAGCAGCUGAGUGGUCAUCAAGAACGUCCACCUACGCCACAGGAGGAAAGCUCCACAUUGAAGCAGGAGGAUCCACAACUCCCUGACCUUAAAGAGGAAGAGGAGGAACAUAUGAUCAGUCAGUCAGGAGAAGAGGGUUUUCUCGGGCCGCAUGAGGCUGAUCUCACCAAGUUGCCUCUGACUGGUGUCUCUGUGAAGACUGUAGACCAUGAAGACAAACCACAAGUUGACAACCUCUUAGCUCCUCUAUCAGAUAGUGACGACGUAAUGUCACAUUUUACUGAGGAUGGAGACGAGGACUACACCCAAGUACCUUUGAGCGUCAAUACAGACUGUGAGGGUGAUAUGAGGACUCACACAGACAGCAAACACCCUGAAUGCUCUGAAAAGAAGAAAGGUAAAAAACGUUUUACCUGCUCCAUUUGUGCAAAAUGUUUUUGUAGGAACGCUAAUCAUGUUCGACACAUGAGAACACACACAGGAGAAAAACCUUUCAGUUGCUCCGUUUGCAGCAAUAGUUUUUCUCACAAGACCACGCUGACCGCACACAUGAGAACGCACACGGGAGAAAAACCUUUCGAUUGUUCAGUUUGCGGUGAAACGUUUUCUCACAGGAAGUACCUGAUACCUCACAUGAGAACGCACACAGGAGAAAAACCUUACAUUUGCUCAGUUUGCGGCAAAAGUUUUUCUCAGAAAUACGCAUUGACCGUGCACACGAGAACGCACACGGGAGAAAAACCUUACACUUGCUCAGUUUGCUGCAAAACGUGUUCUCAGAAGGCCGCUUUGACCGCACACAUGAGAACACACACAGGAGAAAAACCUUUUAUUUGUUCAGUCUGUGGUGACAAGUUCUCUCGGCGAUACAUACUGAAAUUACACAUGAGAAGACACACAGGCGAAAAACCUUUCACUUGCUCAAUUUGUGGGGAUAUAUUUUCUCGGAAGGACAGUCUGAAAUUACACAUGAUAAAACACACCGGAGAAAUACAUUUUGUUUGUCCAGUUUGUCAUACAUUUUAUCCUGAUAAGCAAAGUUUGACAGCACACGUGACAACACACAACAGAGAAUAAAUGUUUUCCUGUCAAGUUUGUGCUCUAAGAUUGUCAAAUUGUAGAAGUUGUCUCUUGUGAAAAGUAGCCGUAGUAGUGAAGUGAAUUAUAUUUAUAUAGCGCUUUUUUACUGAUGACUCAAAGCAUUUUACUUAGUAAAACCCAUUAUCUAACUUACAUUUAAACCAGUGUGGGUGGCACUGGGAGCAGGUGGCUAAAAUAUCUUGCCCAAGGACAACCGAGUCCCAGUAGUUCAUUUCUAACAUGUAUACAGCAUAGAGAUGUACGAUAAUAUCUGACUGCCGAUAUUAUUGGCCGAUAGAUGCUUUAAAAUAUAAUAUCGGAUAUUAUCGGUAUCGGUUUCAAAAAGUAAAAUGUAUGAGUUUUUAAAAUGCCGCUGUACGGAGCGGUACACGGAUGUAGGGAGAAGUACAGAGCAGUUUUCCCCGGGAGACUCCCGAAUUUCAGUGCCCCUCCCGAGGCAGCCAUUCUCCCGAAUUUCUCCCGAGACAACAAUAUCGGGGGCGUGCCUUAAAGGCACUGCCUUUUGCGUGCCGGCCCAAUCACAUAAUAUCUACGGCUUUUCACACACACAAGUGAAUGCAAGGCAUACUUGGUCAACAGCCAUACAGGUCACACUGAGGGUGGCCGUAUAAACAACUUUAACACGGUUACAAAUAUGCGCCACACUGUGAACCCACACCAAACAAGAAUGACAAACACAUUUCGGGAGAACAUCCGCACCGUGACACAACAUAAACACAACAGAACAAAUACCCAGAAUCCCUUGCGGCACUAACUCUUCCGCGACACUACAAUAUACCCCCCCCCCAACCCCGCCCACCUCAACCUCCUCAUGCUCUCUCAGGGAGAGCAUGUCCCAAAAAAAAUUAUGCACUUUGUGACUUCAAUAAUAAAUAUGGCAUAUUUUGGAAAACCUUGUUACAUUGUUUAAUGCAUCCAGCGGGGCAUCACAACAAAAUUAGGCACAAUAAUGUGUUCAUUCCACGACUGUAUAUAUCAGUAUCGGUUGAUAUCGGAAUCGGUACUUAAGAGUUAUACAAUAUCGGAUAUCGGCAAAAAAGCCAUUAUCGGACAUCUCUAAUACAGCACUUCAAUAGUGAUAUGUUGUGUGUAUGAUACCAGAUUCCCUCAUGAGUUCCAGGUUAGUGUGCCACUAAGAACAGCAGCCACAUUAUUUUAAACUAACUCUGAAGCAAGUAAGAAAUAGCAACAACAAGCUCAGACAAUCUGAUUGGUUGAGGACAACAGAGAUGGAGUUUUCCCUCUCAUCAAAAGUGUUUUUUUUGUAUAUUAUCUGUCUUUACCAUGGCACCAACGCAAGGCUUCAUCAGUUCAUUCUUUAUUUGAAGAGCAUUUAUCUGGCUCACCCAUCUUUACUUUUCUUCUGGAAGACUCUCUCUUUUAUUUAUG